GUGACGUCGGGGGUUAUGACACGAGAGAGCGCGCGAAUCUCUCUCGUGCGCGUUGUGUGAUGUGUUCUGUGGCUGCGCGUCAAAAGACAUAGAGACCAUGGCCGGGGCAGCACUGCAGUGUGCUGGAUAUCCUGAGGAUAAACUCCAGACUUUAACAGAAGACCUGACGUGUAGAGAAGCACAAGCAGGAACCCUGCUCACGCUGAUGGGAGAGCCGGAUCAGUACAGCUACCCCUCAGUGUUCAUCUAUGGACACCGAGCCUCAGGGAAGAGUCACGUCCUCCUCACACUUCUCACACGGCUGCAGCUCCCUCAUGCUGCAGUGAGCUGUGUGGAGUGUGUAUCCGCAGGCCUGAUGUUCGAGCAGGUGUUAUCGGCCCUGUUCGGGGCGGAAGCCGCGUCUCUCCUCCCACGCGCUCCUUCCCUCUCCGACUUUGUGAGGAUUUACAGACAGGCGUGUGUUCAACAUCCUGAACAACGCACGCGCUACAUCGUGGUGGAAAGGGCGGAACUGCUCAGGGACAUGGAGGCCAACCUGCUGCCCGCUCUGCUGCGACUGCAGGAACUGGUGGAUGAUAAUGUCACAGUGUUCCUGCUCAGUGAGAUCGUGUGGGAGAAGUUUCGCCCAAACACUGGCUGUUUCGAACCUUUGCUUCUGCACUUCCCUGAUUACUCUAAAGCGGAGCUCCUGCAUAUUCUGUCUCGAGACGCUCACCCGUCAUACACACCUGAGCUGUACGCCUCGUACAUCAACAUUCUGCUCGGGGUUUUCUACUCAGUGUGUAGAGACCUGAGAGAGCUGCGGCACCUGGCUGCAUUGAAUUUCUCAAAGUUCUGUGAGCCGCUGGAAAAAGGGGAAGCCAGAGAGAGCGACACACACAAGCUGUGGAGGAACAUCGAGCCUCACUUGAAGAAGGCCAUGCAGAGUGUGUACCUGAGGGAGGUGUCCAGUGUUCAGUGGGAGGAGCAGCAGCAGAUGGAUGAGAAGGAAGCCACAGCUCUCAGAGGUUUAUCAGCUCACGCUCAUGUAGAAUUGCCCUAUUACUCCAAAUUCCUGCUGAUUGCGGCGUAUCUGGCGUCGUACAACCCCGCCAGGACGGACCGGCGCUUCUUCCUCAAGCAUCAUGGAAAAAUGAAGAAAACCAACUUCCUGAAGAAACACGAGAAAACUAGUAACCACCUGUUGGGGCCGAAGCCGUUUCCUCUGGACAGGUUACUGGCGAUCUUCUACAGUGUGGUGGACAGCCGAGUGGCUCCGACAGCCAGCGUCUUCUCUCAGAUCUCCUCUCUGGUAACGCUGCAGCUCCUCACUCAGGUGGGACACAGCGACCAGCUCGACUCCCCCAAGUACAAGUGUGCCGUCUCCUUCGACUUCAUCCUUGCCAUCUCCAGAACGGUCAGCUUCGACAUUGUGAGGUACCUGUAUGACUUCCUGUGAAGAAAGCCCCUUCCUGAUUGGACGCUCUGGAACACUGUGGGGAGUUGGGCGGGGCUUGGACUAUAGCUCUGUGCUGUGAUUGGCUGAAUCCAGAACUGUGUGUGGGAUCGUGUUGCUCUCGAUUUACACACUUCAGUUGGAAGGAACCAUGUUGUUUUUGUCAGGGGAGCGCAGGUUAUGUGUCACUUUGUUUCUGGAUUUAGAUACAGACGUGGGCGUGGCCUACAAUCCAGUGCUCACUACUAUGUAGUGACUAAGUAAAGUCAGACUUUACACUGUCUGGGGAGCUGUAAGUGCUAUAAUGUGUAAUGAAUAAAUAAAUAAAAUGUAUUUCACA